UCUUAGUAGACAUCGAAGGAUGGGGACAUCUGUAAAAGGUUACUGGUUCGUCGUCCUUUUCGUAGCAGUGGCGGUUGUUAGGCUGAGAGGCGAUGACUUGGUAAAUGGUACUGCUGCUCAAGCUCAAGGCAAUACCAACUCUUCCUCACCCUCAGUUCAUCUCAAGCUUCCCCCAGGUAAAGACAAUGUUGAAGCAAGCAAUAGAAGUUCCACUGAAGUUGUGCUCAACAACAACAAAAAUAGAGGACCUUACAAUAGAGGUGUUGGUCGUGGGGGAGGUGGAGGUGGUGGCGGCGGGGGUGGAGGUGGAGGAGGAGGAGGUGGCGGUGGCGGGUACGGAUGGGGAUGGGGUGGAGGAGGUGGUGGGGGAGGAGGAGGAGGAGGGGGAGGAGGCGGGGGGUGGGGAUGGGGAGGAGGAGGUGGUGGUUGGUAUAAAUGGGGAUGUGGAGGAAGAACAGCAGGAAAAGGCAAUGGAAGAGGAAGAGAUAAAGGCAGCAUUGGCAGAAAUCAAGCGCAUAGGAAGAGAGUUUUCAAUAAGGAGGAUUAUAAGAUGGGAGAGUUUGCUCAAUGCACGGUUAGAGGCAGGUGCAGAGGCAUGAGGUUGGAUUGCCCUCUUCAUUGUGGUGGACCUUGCGUCUAUGACUGCCAACAUAUGUGCAAAGCUCACUGCAGACGCCCAUGAUCUCAUCUAAUUCAAAUUCUUCAAUAACCUUUCUCAUUUAUAUAUACGUUUGUUUCUAAUCAGCAUGGAGAAAAGUGAUGGUUUGAAGAUUUUUAAACUAAUUAAUGUUUGUUUGAUUCCAUCUUGGAUUAAUCUUUGAGUUGCUUGCAAUUUGAUGGACCUGAGACUUUCUGUGUGCUUUUUUUCUUGUAACUGGCUUGUGUUUCAGUGGAAAACCUUAGUGGAUGAAAAUAGCAGAAACUUUAUUUAAGCAUUUAAAAAGCUCAUUCACCUUAUCUUUAAAGCCUCAACCAGUCAUUUCCAAUUAAGCCUUCAUAGAACUUGUUGGACCCGUAGUAAAGCAGAAACUUUUUGGAGCAAAACAGAUUUUGGGCUAUUGGAGGCACAUGUCUCAACUAAAAUAUACAAA